AUGAAUCAAAUCAGAGGACCUAAAUUAAACUUUAAUUUGCCAAGUAAAAUAUAAGAUUUUAAGGAUGAAAAACCAUUUUCAUCAUUCGAUCUUGAAAGCACGUACUGCUUGGGAAAUUAAAAAAAUUCUAAAUAUGUCAAAUUUACUCCGACAAUAACUGUUUUUCUGAGAUAUCAAGAUGAAGAUAUCUAUAGAUUUAGAAACAGGCUCAAAACAUAAGUUUAGAUGACAAAGGAAAUAUAUAAUCUUAACCCAGCCCUUGAAGAAUCGCCAAUAAAAUAAUAACAUAAAUCAUGCAUGAGAAUUCCUAAAGAUUUCGAUUAUUGA